AUUCAAGCCCCAAGAAGAUGUUGAUAUCACAACUCAAGAUUGCGAUAGUGACGAUGCUGAAACGACCGAAUUUAACAGUGCAAACGAGACCUUGACGCACGCCGCGCUUCCUACGCAUAAAGAAGAUCAACAGAAAGAUGUUGUCAGGCGCACCGUACGGGAGCACAAACCUCCAGGCAAAUAUCUUGAUUUUGACAUGAGUUGUAGUGUAUGUCCUGAUUUUUUUACAACGUCUCAGACGAGCUGACUAUCCGAAAUUGUUCGAUGACUUGUAGAAGUGAAGAAGCAGCUUCUGUCCAUGUUUCGACCUGGGAUAGGUUAAGCAGUAGUAAUAUGUCACAAAAAUCAUGAAAAUGAUUUAAAAUUGCGUUGCGUAAUAUUUGAACGCUGCAUCUUCGGCAUUUCGAUAGGAAAUUCUAAAACAUUAUUCCACUUCAAAAAGUAGCCGCUACGUCAACAUCCGUCGUUAAGCUUCGGAACAUAUUUAGUUGUUAUUUCUGUUGGGUGUGAUUUGGCGUAGUGGUUAAAGCAGGACGAUCAUUUACGUCAAACAUAAGUCAGGCAGUUUUUGAGCCUUUGAAACUCCUAUGUUACUGUUAGUAGAAAAUAAAUCUCCUAUGUUACUGUUAGUAGAAAAUAAAUCGAAAUUAAAUUCUUUCCUAGAGUGGAAGCUUGUAGGACUAGAUCAUUAAUGUUACCUGUUGGAAGUUAAUCCGAUAAUAGGCGAACGCCGCAAAUCAACAUUCAUUCAAUACAUUCAGGUAUUGAAAAUUUCGGCUCCUGUUCAUCACAAAAUUCUACAACCAGGUAACACAGCAAGCGUAGGUCAGUGGAAAUACAGUCCUUUAUUGCAACCUGGCGAGGGAUAUUUAUCGGAUCACAGCAACCUUUUCCAAAUCAGUUGCAUAGCUAGUGAGUGGAAAGCCAGUACAGUGAAACAUUCAAGUGUGAUAAUCUAUCAGCAAAAUAAUCAUGGAACAGGACUCGUCCAUCGAAGAAUUUCAGCCGCUGCAGCAGCACAUCAACCAUUUCCCGAACGAGGUCCUAGAUCACAUCUUUGCCUUCUUGGCCUUGCCGGAUCGCAAAUCGGUAUCGUUGGUUUGCCAUCGUUGGAAUAAGGUGGCGUUUGCGCCACACUACAUGCGAAAGAUAGAGCUACGAUUGAUCAGCUGUGACCCGGCCUUCGACGGCGGCCGCUUCGAGGCGCUCAAACAAACGGAAAGGAUUUAUCGGAACAUCUUGGCUUUCCACGUUCACAGUCUGAUAUCGCCCGAUCUGAUGAAGCUGCUUUUUGAAGUUCUGUCGUUUCUUGGCGGCAACUUGGAGAGUUUCUAUUGUCUAAACCAUGUCGGCAAGCGUGAGUUGAGGCAGAUUUUGCAAUUGGCCCCGAAUCUGAAGCAACUAAUCGCGAGGGUUCAGGAGGACGAAACAUACACUGAACCAAUGCCGGUGAUGGAACAUUUGGUGGAUUUUGCAGCGUUGAGUCAAGUGUUGCACAAGAAAGGAUUAGAAAUUGAAUCCAUGUUCCCCAAGCUAUCAAAGAUGAGUACACAUUUCGUCAAGUGCACCGAUUACAGCAGGGCAGUGGAAGCUUUUCAGCAUUUUGGACCGCAGUUGCAGAGCUUGGAGAUCUCUGCAGAUAACAACCUUCUACCAUUGGAUCAGUUGCGAUUUCCUCAGUUGGAGGCAAUUCAUAUGAGCGGUAAAAUGUGCCUCUCUAUCGAUAACUACACGUUGAAAAGCUUUUUCGGUCAGUUUAACAACUUGAGCGAAGCUUUCAUAGACUGCGCCGUUCAGGACAACAUCCUCGAAGUUAUAACCAAAACGUGCAGCAAACUUCGAGUGUUGCACAUUGCCGUGGAUUCUCUGCGAGGCCCCGGAUUCGCUUCCCUAGGACAGCUGCCAAAUUUAAAAACCCUCUCCAUCGGUGGAUUGCUACGUCAGGAUAUGUUGAAGGAGUGCCCCAAACCGAUAACCACGGUUCUCAAUCUGGACAUUCGGAUUUAUAAACAGACGACGUCUACCGAGGAUUUCUUUCUGCUGCAGAAGGUGCUUCCUAACAUCAGAGACAUCCGGGUCCAUUACGUGGAUUGCGCCAACCCCAACAUGACCCUCUCGAAGCUGAUCCGUAGCUUUCCGAAGUUGAAGCGACUGGAGAUCCAAGUCCAGUGCCGAUCGCAGAAGGUCCAGCGAGCCCGUGCCCUCAAAGCGUUGGCCAGUGUAGAGGAGCUGAUCAUCAAUGGGAUCGAUGUGGCCAUCAACGAUAUACCGGAAAGUUCGCAGCUGAAGCGAUUGUAUAUCUUCUAUCUGAACAGCUCCAACGACGACGGGAUCCUGCGGCUGGUGAGGAGGCUGCCCGCGUUACGAUUUCUGGAACUGGGCUGGUGCCGGGGGAUUACCGAGCAUGGCGUUCAUCAGAUCCGACGGGAGUUUCCUCAGUGCGUUGUUCAUCUGAUGGCGAACAGAUGAGAUGUUAAUGGUUUUA